CGCGAUGCCGUACACCUGCGCGCUAUGCAAAAAGAAAGCUUCGAAAGGAACGCGAAUAUCUUUCCGCCGGUGGAUGAUGCCGUUGCUCAGGGCGGCGAGUCCCCACGACAGCUGGACCUGGGCUUCGGCAUGUACGAGAUGUGCCCGUUCCCGCUGAGCUUCAUGCACGCCUGCGAGACGAGCGACCAGUGCAAGCAGACCGGCUGCUGCGCCCAGCACGCCUUCCCGGGCACCCGCCGCUGGCAGAGGCCUUGCUGCGUCGUCUCCAGGCUCGUCACCCUGGCCAGGCUCACCGGCUCGUGCAUCAAGAGCAAGACACCCUCGCCGGAGUCCGCGUGCCCGGCCAACUUAGUGGUAGACGAGUGCGGCGAUCCUUGCGACGACAGCGGGGACUGCAAGGAGCCCGGACUUGCCUGUUGCCCCAUGACCUGCGACGACGACAGGGGCUCCUACUGCCACCCCGUGCACGCCAACGCCGUCUGAAGCUCUCCCCUCGUGUGUCCUAUUUAUUGACUCCCGUCUUCCACUUUUCUCCCCUUCAUUCGAUCGUGCCAAAUAAACUAUGUGUGUUUGAGUGUAUGGUGUCCGUUUAAGCUUAUAAAACGUG